ACUCUGGUUUCCGUGGAGUCCCUGAACGCAGCAGGAGGAUCAACCUGGAGGAGAGUUAAAACUCGGAGCAACCGAACAGAAACCCCGACAACAACAACUACUGCAACUCCCGACAAUAAUGGGACUUUUACGGGUUUAACUUCGGAGCACGGAGCCGAUUUUACCCACCGAGUCCGAGUCGGUUUGAAACUUUUACUCGGAGGAUCGGUCGACGUGUUUCUCCGGUUUGAACAGGAGUUCUGCUUUCAGUCGGAUGGGAGUGAGUGAGACAGGUCAGGUUUACAGACACACACAGACAGGUCGGGUUUAACGGCGGUCCUCCUCUGAGGACACCGAACGGUUCUCCGGUCUAAUGUCCGCGUUAAACUGCGCGGAGGAGCUGGACUUCAGACUCAUCUUUGAGGAAGACCCUCGGCAGACAGCAGGUACGUGUCAUUUUGGCGACGUUAGUUUGCAAUUUGCCAACUUGAGGAAAGUUGGCGGGAACUACACGGUAUCACCGGAAGUUACCACUCUAACCUUCAAAAUAAUGUACAGUAUUUUUUUUAGGCAGUAAGGAAGUUUGGUUUUCUGUCCUCAGUCAUCUCCAUUUGUUAUUUAAUAAUUUUUUUUGUUUUACAGAUUAUUUUUCAGAUAUUUCAAUUAAUGUUGAAAACAGAAAUAAUGUCAAAAUUAGUCACUACAACCAGAAACUAAAAUAUAUCAAAAUAAUCAAGACACUCCCUUCAGUUAUGAUUUUAAAUAAUUCAUGUCUUAUUAGGCACAUAAUAUAAUACGAUUUCAGAUGAUUUUUCAACUCCAUACUAUUGGUAAUUAACCUUGAUUUCCAUAUGACAGGAGACGAGUAAUCUCAAUCAAGAAAUAAUAAUAAUAAUACGUUUUAUCUAUAUUGCACUUCACAUCUGUGAAAACAGAUCUCAAAGUGAAUACAAGGCAGUCGCAAAAACAACAAAUAAAAUCAACAACAAUAAAAGUAAAAACAACCAGUAAAUAGAAAAACAGUCGGAAAAUAAAAUCAGCCUGGAAAGUUUUUCUAAAAACAAAGGUCUUAAGUCCUUAAGUCCUUGCGAACUGUAUAAUAAGCACAACUAAACUAUAAAAACACCAAUAAGCCAGUAUUUUAAAUUUCAUCAGAAAAGAAGGGACAAAGUUAAAAGUUACAGCAACAAAAACAUGAACCUUAUAUUAGUAACAUGUGAUUUUACUUUGAAAAUUCUGACCGGAAGCCGUGUUUAACUCACUGUCGUUAAUGACACUUCCAGCUGUCUGUUGAAUAUAUUUGCCGAUGUAUAAAAUGAACACCUGAGGGUGAAUAAGUGAGUUAAUCCACCUCAUCAUUAAAUCAGUGAAGCCCGCAGAGAGUCUGAACUGCUUUAACUACACUUAUUGAUCCGCAGUCUGUAGUUUUAAUCGAUUAAUCAGCAGGUUAUCAAACAAGUAGCUGAACUAAAGUGGGACAGUCUGGCCGUCAUUCGUGCUGCAGUUAGCUGGUAUUUUUAAAUAAGCCCAUAAAACUGAUGAACUUCUCAAAAAACUGAAUUUAGAUCAAUGUUGUAUUUUUCCUUUUUCGUGUUUUAGUACUUUAAAUGAGUUUUUAUGUUGCUGUGUUACACCUUUAAAAAGACUUCCGCCUGUUUACAUCGGCACACCUGUCCCGCUCAGGUAACAACACCUUUAACUUCAUUUUAAGUUUUACAAAUAUCGAGAUAGAUCAGUUUGUGUAGUUUUUACCAUAAAAACUCAGAUUAUAAUAUUUAAAAUCUGCAUCAAAUACAACCUUCGAAGACACAACAACAAAGGAGAUAAAACAAACUAUUUUAAAUGUUUUUAUGAGUUUGUAGCUGAGGUCAAGUCUGACUAAAACACUCAUUUAAAGGCAGUAGUAGUUAUAAAGUUAAAGAAGGAAUCUCUGCAGGUUUCUAAAAGUGGAGAUGGUUGCUGCCGUAUUUUCUGCAGGGUGAAGAAUCAGUUAAUUGAUUAAUCCUUUUAGCUCUACGCCGAUUCACUUACAGCGAAUUGCGCCUCAGAGGCUCGUGUAGUUUCUGAUAAUUGGAUUGAUGAGUCCGUCUUUGAAAAUAACACAUCACACAUGCAGGUCAGCGGUUUUAAUGGGAGGAAAUCAAAGAUGGUUGAAGAUGGAGAGGGGCAGGGGGUCACCGAGGGGCUCCUCCUCUCACUGAUGUCUUUGCUGCUGCUCCCCCUGCCUUGACCCCGCACAUAAAGAAGUGUCUCCUCUCCUCUUCUUAGAUAGAAACAGAUCUGUGUGUUUGCCUUGGGUGGUCCUGACUGAAACACAGAAACAUGUAGAGCAGCUGGAGGUUCCUCUGAUCUGUGUAGCAGUAUUAAAAACUCUGCAGUAACUUCAUGUCUCGGCUCUUCAGGACUCAUCCAGAGUUGAUCUUCAUACUGCUACUACUCAAUAAAGAGGUGAAAAGACAAAGAGCAGCAGCUGCAGAUAAACUGAGGAAAUCUGAAGGUUAUCAAAGUGAACAUUUCUGAUGGAGGUGAAAACGAGCAGCUGGAGAAAAUGAAAGGAUAAUUAUGAAAGGAUAAACAGAGAGAUGUUGGGGUGGAUAGAGUGGAGGAGGCCGAUGAAGAGACAGAUAGAGAGUGCUUGUAUUUCAGACAGCAUGUCGCCCAGCCUGUCUGUCUGCAGGUUUUACUUCCUGGUUUUCUAACCGCUCUGUGACACCCAGCUGGUGGCGGGCACCUCCUCCUCCUCAGAGGGCGGGAGAACAAACGGCAGCAGGUCUCAGCGGCACACUGAGGGUUAAUGUCUGUAGAGAAGCCUCCAGAGGAGCUGCUGGAGCAGAUCAGAGUCCCCGCUCUGCUGACGCCUGUUUUUGCAUGUAGCGUGUUCAGAGUGCAUGAGUGAGAAACAGAGGUAUUAAUAGUGGGUUUGUGGUGGGAGUGUGUGUGUGUGUGUGUGUGUGUGUGUGUGUGUGUGUGUGCAGCUGUGUGAAUGAACUUUGUCAACUGUUAGAGAUAAUCUGUCACCACCAUAAAUUCGUUUUAUGAAGUGUUAACUGCAGACCCACAUCACUCCACAGUACACACACACACACACACACACACACACACACACAUACACACAUAUAUAUAUAAUACACAUUUGUAUAUAUAUAUAUAUAUUAUAUAUAUGUGUAUAUAUAUAUCAUAUAUAUGUAUAUAUAUAUCAUAUAUAUGUGUUUAUAUGUAUAUAUAUGUAAUAAAAUAAUAAUACUGCUAGUACAGUUCAUGGAGAUAUAAUAAUUUAAUAAUAUAUUAUUAUUAUUAUUGUUAUAUUAUAACAAUACACUCAGUACAGUACAUAUUUAUAUAUAAAAUAAUAUAAUAAUACAGCCAGUACAUAACAAUAAUAAUAAUAACAAUAAUAAUAAUAAUAAUAAUAAUAAUAAUAAUAAUAAUAACAAUAAUAAUAAUAAUAAUAAUGUAAUUGUACAGUACAUAUAUACAGUGUAAUAGUGAUAAUCCAGCAUGAAUCAUUUAUAGUGACUGAGGCAUGAUGGGAAACAGAGUCCAGAAACAAAAACCUGAAUCUAGAUCCUCAUGUUAUUUUGAGCAUAUCUGCCGACCUUGGGUCUGUUCAGGAGUAAAGGUGUGACUGAUUCGGCGUCAGCAGCACUUCCUGUCUGAUGAUGACUACCAACGGUCAGGUGACCGCCGCUGUAAAGGCGAGUGUUUGUGAUGAUGUAAAUGAAAACAGAGCUGAUCUACAUGCUGAUGAUCUACUCACAGGUCCAGACCUCAAUGUGAGGACAUCCAACACCUCCACGACUCAGCAGCCCAUCAUCCAGGACCUGCAGGGUCUGCCUCCGGGUCUACCCUCCUUGGACAACUACCAACAUGUGGGCUACCAGGGGCCCCAGGGGCUCCAGUACGGGCCUCAGGGGAACCUCAGAGCUUUUGAACCCCCGAGUAUCCAGAUCACCUCCAUAGCGCCAAACAACCAUGUGGAGGCGGGAAAUAGCCAUGAUGGUUUGGCGGUAGCCGGGGCAGAGGGGGGUUACCCUGAGGCGUCCUGGUCCAGAGGUCAGCUCUACCUGCCCCUGGACCCGUGCUACAGAGACCAGGCGCUCUGCCCGAGUCCCUGCAGCAGCCUGUCCUCCCGGAGCUGGAUGUCCGACCUCUCCUCCUGUGAGUCCUUCUCUCACGUCUACGAUGACGUGGAAGGGGAGCUGCGGGACGCCGCCCGCCUGGCUUUAGGGUCACCCGUCAAUUCGCCGAUGGGAUCCCCGGGCUGUGGGGGCGGGGCCUUCGGCGUGGAACUGUGGCAGCAGAAGUACCAGCAUCCCCAGGCCUUCAGUCCGGUGCUGUCCCCCCAUCAGUCGCCCCGUCAGUCCCCGUGUCACUCGCCUCGCACCAGCAUCACGGAGGAGAGCUGGCUGAACCGCCGCCCCACCUCCAGGUCCGUGGUUCCCUUCCUCAGAACCUCGUCAGUUCAGUUUUAUCAGAGUUUGAUCCUAAUCCUGGUUCCUUUUCUCCCUCAGACCCUCAUCCAGACCGACCUCCCCCUGCGGGAAGAGGCGCCACUCCAGUGCGGACCCGCACGCCCGAUCUCCCUCCCCUCAUCACUCCCCCAGCCCCACGCCGGGCGCCUCCCCACGGGGCAGCAUCACCGAUGACACCUGGGUCGGAAGCCCCGGCGCCGGCGUCCUCGGAUCCCUUUUGUUGUCCGGCUACCAGGAGCUGGAUGUCCCCUCAAAGACCAGGAGGACCUCAGGCAGCCAGCUGGGCCUCCUCCCUGGGCAGGGCGACUCGGGUCUGGAGUCUCCUGGGGAGGAGGGGCGGGACCAGGACGGCCUGGCUGAGCUCUUCCUUCAGGUGCCGUCCCACUUCAGCUGGAACAAACCAAAACCCGGAAACCCCCCGCUGUUCAGGUGGGUGGACCUGGUCUUCAGAGCUCUGGUCAGGGGUCUUUGUCUCGGAUAUCUCAGAGGUCCUUUCUUUUGAUUGGUCAAUGUGCUCGAGCGUGGGUGUGGCUCCAGAGUUUGACCAUCUUUAAAGGGAUAUUAUAUCCCUUUAACUGACGGCGGUGUCAUGCGUUCACUAAACGUCUGUUGUUGUUUCUGCCUCCAGGACCUCCUCGCCCCCCCCCCUGGACUGGCCUCUGCCCAGCCAGUACGACCAGUGUGAGCUGAAGAUGGAGGUCCAGCCCAGGUCGUACCACAGGGCGCACUAUGAGACGGAGGGCAGCAGAGGCUCCAUCAAGGCGGCGAAUACGGGACAUCCUGUGGUCAGGGUAAGUCCUCCUGAACGCCACGGUUAGUUUCUGUGUCGGAGAACAAACUCCGACGUUCAAACUCCAAAAGUUCACUGCCUCAUAACUCUGCAGAGACCAACACGCCCGGAAAUGCAAAUCACAGGCGCUUCACGCACCGCCGCGUGUUUUCUGACACACAGCUGAGUGAGAAAGAUUUGAAUAAUAACUUCCUCUUCUGCAGGUGAGCGCGGUGACUUCAGAGUCAGCAGAGUCAGCAAAGAUCACGCUGAGGGUUUAGAUGAGAGAACUGGGGUCUGUUAGACCCGGACUGUGACUCAGAGGUCCAGAGUCCUGUUUCCAGAUUAAAGUCGGUUCAGCAUCUUGUUGGAAACUCAAAGUCCCAGAGUCCGGAGAAGGAUCAGGUCUGUCCACAAGGAGGUCUCAGAGACCUUAGAAGCUUCAGACUUUCCCCCGACCUCCACCUUCAUCCUGAUCGUCUCCUAAAAGGUCGUAUCCUCCGAUCGUAGCUGAUCGUAACCAUUCAAGUUAACGUGUCAAUUUACACCGACUUCUUUCCGUUCCUCUGAGGAUCGCCGGACUCCUCAGCUGAUCACAAGAGUUCUAUUUGUUCUGGACGCCGGAGCAUGGCGGAUAAAUUCAGCACAGAUUAACACGUGCUGGAAAGGAAGUCGGGCACAGACUUCAAAAUAAAACAUCCGGCUUCUUUUCAAAAUAAAGGAGGAUCGUAUUUCACACCAUGCAAACGGGCGGAGACGAACAAGUGAAAGGUUUUUAGACGUCAUUUCACCCCGAUGACACCAUGGAUGAGGAGAUGCUGAUUCUAGAAGUCUAGAAGUAGAUUUCCUCCUCUGGAAGGACACAAUCUACUGCUUAUAUGUCUAUGUGUCUGUCUUUAGAGGGACAACUCGUUAUCGUGUGAUUGAACGUGAAUCUGCAGGUUCUUGUGAGUUCUCAUGAUUCCUGCUGUCUGUAAUCCGCCACGAAAUUCGUCUUGCAAACGGAUCCGGUAGGAAUUGGCGUACGGCCAAUUGAAUAUUUUAGUAAUCAAGUAUUCUACCAAAUAUUCCAACGAUUACUCGAGUAAUUAGACCCAAACAGCAGACUCACAUAAAGUUAGAUUUCCUUUAGCCCCGCAAUGAAGGCCAGACCGGACGAUCGCUGAACAAGCGUGUGCGUUAGCAGAUUGUAACGCUCAUAAAAAAGUUAAUUAUGAUAUUAACUUUAAUCAUGUCUCUGAAGACAUUAGUGUCCGAGAGCUGGAUAACUCCGAUGUUUCCUGUUUCUGCUACGACACCAGCGAUGUUAGGCUACAAGCUAGCGUGAAGAGAAGUCUGCAGAAAAGCCCGUCUCAUCAUUUAUUUUUACGCUCCGUAAAACCUAAACGGCGCUGACUCCUCCGUCUACCGUGGUGACGUAAGCGUGUUGAGUCACCUUCAAAAGAAUCCGUGCGAAACAGGAAACAGGAAACAGGACGAUUUGAGUUUAUAAAGGAGAACUGGGGGCAGAGAAAAUUCCUCGAUCAUUAUUUGUAAUCGAUGAACUCGAGAAAUCGUUUCAGCUCUAAUAUUAGCGUCUCUGAUCAGCUCCUCGUGGAUCCACCGAAGACUGAGAGCAGAAAUAAACCGAGUCUUCAGACCGUUUCAGAUUUUAGGUUUUCAUGAAAUCGAUGUUUCCUCAAAGACGGAGAAAGACGACGAUUAUAUUCACGAUAAAUCCUGACAGUGUUUCUGAUCCUGAAGCUCAGGCCUGAACUACACCAAGGCGGAUAUAUUUCAAACCGCACAUAUUUAUGUCCGAUUAGGCCUCUCUACCACACCAAACCGGGAGUUUGGAGCACUCAAACCGGAUAAAUCUGAAUCCGGAAAAACAAGCGGAGAAAUAAAAAAAUAUCCGUAUCCCGUAUCUGCAGUGGAUUCCUGUGGUCGGACUUUUACGGAUUGAUGACGUCAAACCGCAGCCCGCGCAUGCGCAUUAAAAACAAAAACAACAACAACAACGAUGGCGGACAUACAGGGUAUUCUUUACGUUUGUUUUGCCCUUUUGGGGCUAAUUUCAGCCUUGACAGUGAACCUUAUUUUAUACAAUUACAUCCACCAGUCAGUUUUUUUAAGCGGCACCGGAUAGGAUUGAGUUUGAAGGCUACGUGUGGACGCAGAUAUUUUUUUGAACUAACACGUGUGGACAGAUACAUUUAUUUAGACGGGAGGACAAAAAUAUCCUGAUAAAUAAAUAUCCGCCUUCGUGUAGUUCGGGCCUCAGUUGCAGAAAAGUGUAAACAGAUGAAAUCUGAUGAAGUUCGACUCGGACAGACGAGCUCAGAGGGGGGGGGGUGUAAGAACAGCCGGGGGGAUCAGACCAGACCCAGACCAGUAAAGCUCCAUCAAGGCCUCCUCGUAUGUAACGGACACCAGCCGCUCUAUUCUGGGCGCCACAUUCUCAGGCCGCCGCUGCAGCUGAAGCUUCCUGCUGCACCGUGUGUGAAAAGUCACUGAGCUGCUGGGUCACACAGGAAACUGAAAGUCACGCUCGCCAACGCCGCGGCGGGGCGAGGAUUUUCUCUGUCAGUGUGUGAUCCUCAAAACCUCUGACAGGAUCCGACCUGAUACCAGAGCAGGAACCUGAAGUCCUGCUGCAGGGACUUCCUGUCCGAAACAUCAGGAACGUUUUAGUUUCUGUGAUGAUGUCAAAGCUCUCAAGUUUGAAACUGAGCGUCUCUUUUUAUCCUCGUUCAUGAACUUUACUCUCCACACAGAGUCAGAGUACCUAGAUGUCUCCUCAGGUCAGAGUCUAAACUCACGCUCGGUUUUCUGUCCUCAGCUGACGGGAUACAGCGAGCAGCCGGUCAGCCUCCUGCUCUUCAUCGGCACGGCGGACGACCGCUUCCUGCGUCCUCACUCCUUCUACCAGGUCCACCGAGUGACGGGGAAGAUGGUCACGACCAGCUGCCAGGAGAAGAUCAUGGGAACCACCAAAGUCCUGGAGGUCCCUCUGCUGCCGGAGAACAACAUGUCCGCCAGGUAAAAACAGAGACGGCGAUUCAAACCUGUUUUAGAGAAGUUGUUUCCGUGGCGACGAAGCAGGUUGAGUGUCUGUGGUUGUUUUGUCUCCACAGCAUCGACUGUGCCGGCAUCUUAAAACUCCGAAACGCCGACAUCGAGCUGAAGAAAGGGGAGACAGACAUCGGGCGCAAAAACACGAGGGUGCGAGUCGUGUUCAGGGCGGCGAUUCCACAGCCGGACGGACGGGUGCUGUGGCUGCAGACGGCGUCCGUUCCCGUGGAGUGCUGUGAGUCACUUUUUAAGUAGAGAGACGCUGACUCGUGUCCACGGCGGCGUCAGGAACAUGUUUUAAACAGGAUCCAGAAUCAGGGCUGACUCCUCCGUUUGGGACGGGCCGAGGCAGACUGUCAGACUGUCAGACCGCCGUCUCCUGACCCCUCUGGGAAUUUCACGUUCUAUAUUGGCGUCGGCCCCGGAGUGUAAGAACCUUUAGGAGCAACAUCUACUUUAGACGUUAGACGGUUCAGAAGAAGUUUGAGUUUCAAAGUCAGACAGAAAGUUCUCGUCUGGAAACUUCAGAAGAUUUUUUUUUAUUAAACUGGUAAAAAUAAAAAAACUUUGAAUUAAAUUAAAACUUGUUUUUUCUGAUGUUCGCAGAUGGCCGAGUGGGUUAGUGCGCCCCCUGUAUGAGGACCACGGUCCCCGCAGUGGUCACGGGUUUAAGUCCCCGACUAUCUGCUGCAUGUCCUCCCCACUCUCUCUCUCUCUCUCUCUCUCUCUCUUCUGUUUCUUCCUCUUCGGAGGUCGACGGCGAGUCUGUCAGUGUCGCUUUUAUCCGCCUCCGUUUUCUGCUCUUUCCUCUUUUCUUUGGCGUCCGUCCUCACAGCGUUAACUUUCGUAACGGUCCGCUCAGAGACAGGAAGUGUGACUUCGAGGUCGUUUUGUUUAUUUAGGCCUUUAGUUUGUUCCAUAUUCAGAGUUUUUAUCGUUCAGAAGAGGAAAUCAGGAGGAUGUGAAUGUUGACAAACUCCGAUCUUAAUCUCUGACGCUGGUUUCCUCUCAGAUGUUCAAUCAUGACCUUCUGUGUUUCAGCCCAGCGCUCGGGUCAGGAGCUGCCUCAGGUGGAGAGCUUCAGUCCGAACAGCUGCUCCGCGGACGGCGGCGAGGAGCUGCUCAUCACCGGGUCCAACAUCUCCACGCAGUCCCGGGUCAUCUUCAUGGAGAAGGGUCCAGGUCGGAUCAGACGCUGUUUGUUUAUCUUACAAAUGAAAAUCAGGUGUUUUUUUUUUUUUGGACGUCAGUUUGAAUCUGUUUAUUUUUUUGUUCCAGAUGGAAGAUCGCUGUGGGAAACCGACGCCAGAGUGGUGCCUGAAAAAAGCCGAGGAGUGAGUAUCGAAAAACACAAACAAAGAAACGUAGAAAUAUUCAGUCAUGGAAAAAACGAGUCAGUGAUGAAGACGACAAAGAGGCUCUUUGAGGGUCGGACGAUCAUGGAAUCAGACUAAUCAAUCACAGAUGCUGUUCAACAUCAAAAUCAAACACAGAGAGACGUCUGAAAUCUGGGAUUUCAUCGUCUUCGUGAGUUUGAUAAAAGUCCGUUUGUUCUCGUCUUCACGCUUUUCCAAGUGACGAGUUUUUAUCGCCGCCUCGAGGCGAACAGAGCGUAAAAAUAAUAAUUCAAUAAAAAGUGUGAAAAGAGAACAAAUUUAGAAACUCGCAGACGGAAACAUGGAGGAGGAGGAGGUUCACCGCACGAGGACCAAAACCAGGACUGGACCACAACCAGGACUGGACCAAACCAGGACAGGAUCGUCCAGACAUUCAGGGUGUAAAAAACAGAAAAGACUCUGGAGGGGAAAUCAACGCAUGGAAAAGGACAACUGGACUGACUUGAGACGUUUCGCAAGUCAGUCCAGUUGUCCUUUCAACAGAGAGCUAGAAAUUAUAGAUGCUGCAUCCUUACAAAUGUCUUAAGUAAGUCCAGUUGUCCUUUCAACGAAGAAUUUGAAAUAGUAGAUGCUGCAUCCUCAGAAAGGUCUUGAAUAAGUCCAGCUGUCCUUUUAACAAAGAACUAGAAAUAAUAGAUUCCACAUCCUCAGACGCGUCUUAAUUAAGUCCAGAUGUCCUUUCAACAAAGGACCAGAAAUCAUAGAUGCUGCAUCCUCAGAAAUGUCUCAAGUCUAGUUGUCAUUUCCACAUAGAACUAGAAAUCAUAGAUUUUGUGUCCUUAAAAAUGUCUCAAGUAAGUCCAGUUGUCCUUUCAAGAAGACCUAGAAUUCAUAGAUGCUGUGUCCUCAGAAAUGUCCUAAGUAAGUCCAGCUGUCCUCUCAACGAAGAACUAGAAAUCAUAGAUGCUGCGUCACAAAAACGUCUCAAGUAAGUCCAGCUGUCUCCCUCAGAGUAGAACUAGAAAUCAUAGAUGCUGCGUCCUCAGAAACGUCUCGAGUAAGUCCAGUUGUCAUUUUCACAAAGACCUAGAAAUCAUAGAUGCUGUGUCCUCAGUUUUAAAGAGCUGCUCUCUGUCUGAAUCUCGUAUCCCUGAUGGUGUGUUGGUAUCUCUAGUUUGUUAUGGAGUUCCACAGGGAUCAUGUCUCGGCCCACUCAAAAUCUAAAUUAGACCUUUAUUCUGAAAAACCGCAGACAGGAAGAGAACAGAUCGGUCUCCAGACUCUAGAAGGGGGUCUCCUAGAUUCACUGCCGUUCACAGAGAGCUGGUGACACACGAUGGCGACAAACUGGAUCUUCAUUCAUGUUGUCUUCACUUUUCUGAAGUCCUCCUCUCGUCUCUGUCUCCGUCCCUCAGUCCAGCCUCGUGGUCGAGGUCCCGCCGUACAACAAGAAGACGAAGGAUCCGGUCCUGGUCCAGUUUUAUGUCUCUAACGGGAAGAGAAGAAGAAGUCUGGCUCAGAGCUUCACCUUCCUGCCCGCCGUCAGAUGUCAGAUCAAACAGGAGAGAUGGGAAACAGACUGCAUCUCCCACAAUCCACCUGGUUUCUGCCCCCCUUCUUGUGACCGAGUCCCAGACCUGGUUUACUACGACCCCUGUGACCUCCCGGUGCACUGUGGUCCUCCUUCCCAGAAUCCCCCACCUCCAUCCUUAAUGUUUCCCCACACCUCCUCCUCCUCCAUCCCUCUCCACGCCUCCUCCUCCUCCUCCUCCGCCCCCCCUCAGACCUUUAUUCCUCCUCAGACCUUCAGCGCCCCCCCUCAGACCUCUUCCCUCCCUCAGAAGACCGUCUCAGUCUUUCCUCAGACCUUCACCGUCCCCCCUCAGACCUCCUCUGUCCCUCCUCACGCCUCUUCGCUACCCCUGCAGACCUUCAGCGUCCCUCCUCCCAGGGAGGCCCCUCCCUCUCUAGUGUCCAGAAGAGCCUUUGUGACCCCUGUGGACCCCCAAAAGGACUUACUGCUUCCUGUAUCAGGAGGGGCUCAGGGGAUCAAGCGGGAACCAGAAGACCAGCCGAACCUGGGAUCGUUGGGCCUCCAGGAGAUCACACUGGACGACGGUAAGAGACCUGAGGAGUUUAUUAAGCUCUGUUCACAGUCUGAGAGGUAUCGACCAAUCAGGUUUCAGCUUUCAUUGGCAAACAGUCUGUAUGGAGAGCAAAAGCAGACAGAACAGGGUCCACCAUAAUAAAAGUAUUAAAACUGUUUUCAGGUUCAUGUUCAGAGUAAAAAUUCACUUUAUUGGAUCAACAGUGAAAGUAUACGGUGGCCCUGAAGGUCAAAAUAAAAACAUUUCAUCAAACACAAAAAAGAAAAAUUUAUAAAACAAUUUUCUUAGAGAAAAUUAUUUUAUGACACUUAGAAAUAUAAUUUAAAAUAUUUCUGUUUCUAAAAAUAUUUUUGCAUUUCAUAAAAUUCUUAUUUUCCUGAAUUUUUCUGUCUUCUAGGUCUGUAAGAUUAAAAAAUAUUUAAAAAGUUCAACAAAUAUUUUUUCCCCCUUUUGUUGAAUUUUUUGCAUUUCAUAGAAAAAACAUUUUUUGGAAAGAUUAAGUUUGAGCACAACAUGAUUACAUAUUAUACAAAUAUUUUUGCUUCAUAAAUUUUUUUUGCAUUUCAACCCUAAUAACUGUAUAGAGCUGCAUUUUUACAAACCACAAAAUAUUUUUGUCUUUCAUGAAAACAUUUUACCAUAAAUUGUAAUAAUUUUGCAAAAAUCUAAAUAUCCUUUCUGAACCACAAAUAUUUUUCUUUUUCCCUAGAAUUAUUUUUGUGUUACAUAAAAAUUUAACAUUAGGAUUUAUUCAAAUGAAUUCUUUUAAAAAAAAUUAUUUUACAUUAAUAGCCUUUACUACUUUUUGCUUUCUAAAAUAUUUUUGCAUUUUAUAAAUUCUUUUGCCUUUUUGGUUACUUUUUUUGGUUGUUGUGAAAAACUUAAGCUAAGAAUUUUUGCGUUUCACAAAAUAUUUUUGGUGUAAUUAUUUUUAUUGUUUCCCUGCAGUGAAAUUUUUUUUAACGGUUUUAAAAAUCUCUGACCCUUGACCUUCAGGACUCUAAAAUAGAUGCUGAGUAAAAAAACAACUCUCUGAAAUCAAGUUUUUUUUUUACGGUUGUUAUUUUCGUCGCUGAAACGUCGCCCCUCCUCUGUGAUCCGGUCUGUGGGUUCAGAUCUGGAGUUUCACAUUCUCACGAUCUGAUUUAGUCGUGCAGCUGACCUCCUCAGGUGUGUGUGUGUGAGUGUGUGUGUGUGUGUGUGUGUGUGUGAGAGUGUGUGUGUGUGUGUGUGUGGGUGUGUGUGUACAUACAUUUGUCCUGUGAUGUUGGUUAUUUAUACAUUGGGGUCCUCUCGCUCUCUCUCUCUCUCUCUGUGUCUCCUCUCUGAUCUGAUGGUUAUUAAUAGUUGUGUAUGUGUGUGCCUGUGUGUGUGUGUGUGUGUGUGUGUGUGUGUGUGUGCUUGUGUGUGUGUGUUUGUUGCUCUGAAUGAUGCAGACGGAGGUUAAAUUUGUUGCAGCGCCUCAGCUGGCGAGCAGCAGCUGUCGUCAGGCCUGUGACCCUCCCAUCCACACACACACACACACACACACACACUAUCGUCUGCGUCUUCACACACAGUCGCUCAGAUUAAAUCAGCUGUAGUUUAUUGAUUAUUUCUGAUCAUCAGUGAUCGGUCUGAAAAGCUCUUUCCUGUUAGGAUGACGUGUUUCUUAUUUUCCUCGACUCUAAGAUCAGACUUUUAUUUUGAAAGGAUGUAAAAGCUUCUGAAGGAUGAAAACAGCUACAGGGAUGGUUAUAAAGUUCUUUAUUCAGAUGAGACUCAAACUCUCAAGUGUUCACCGUCUGUGAAAGGAAGCUCGAUUCUCACACCUGCUUUUGUCAUUUCAACUCUUUGACCCCAUCGUACCAAAAAAGGUCAGGACCAGGGUUUGAGAGGUCUUAGAGGUCUUAGAGGUUUUAGAGGUCCAGGUGUUGGUGGAGGACGGGAAGGAGAAGGAGAGUGUUUGUGUUUGGAUCUGAAGGUGCAGAUGGAGUCAGGUUCAGGGUUCAGUGUGUGUGUGUGUGUGUGUGUGUGUGUGUGUGUGUGUGUGUGUGUGUGUGUGUGUGUGUGUGUGUGUGUGUGUGUGUGUGUGUGUGUGUGUGUGAACUGUUGUUGCUUCAUGAGCUUCAGGUUUCUCAGCAGAGCUAAGUUUAGACUGAUGGAGGUGUUUACUGUUAUCCACUGAGGGCAGCUUCACUCACACUGCUGCUCAUUAUAAUAUAAUAUAAUAUUAUAUAAUUUAAUAUAAUAUAAUAUAAUAUAAUAUUAUAUAAUUUAAUAUAAUACAAUAUAAUAUAAUAUAAUAUAAUAUUAUAUAAUUUAAUAUAAUACAAUAUAAUAUAAUAUAAUAUAAUAUAAUGUACAAUAAUAAAGUAUAAUAUAAUAUAAUAUAAUUAAUCUAAAAAAUUACAAUAAUAUUAUAUACAGUAUAAUAUAAUAUUAAAUAAAUAAUAAACUCAAAAUAAUCUAAUACAACAUAAUAUAUACAUGUAAUGCAAUAUAAUAAAAUAUAAUAUAACAUAAUAUAAUAUAUUUUAUUAUGAAUAAAUAUAAAAAAAUAUCAUAUAGUAUAAUAUAAUCUUUACUAAAUAAUAAGUAUAAAAUAAUCUAGUCUAAUCUAAUAUAAAAAAUAAUGAGUAUAAUAUAGUAUUAUAUAAUAAAAAUAAUACAAAAUAAUAUGUAAUAUAGUAUAGUAUAACAUAAUUAAUAUAAAAUGUAAUUAUAAAAUAUAAAAUAAUAUAACAUUAUAACCUAAUAUAAUACAAUAUAAUCUAAUGAUAUCAGAUAUAAUGUAACAAACUUUAGUUUCAGAGUUUGUCGUCUGUCUCUCUAACAUCUCGUUUACUAAAUGAAGGUUUUAAUGAACAUAUUUCAGCUGCAGUGAUCGCUCAGCUGCUCCCUCCUGUGGCUGUACGAGGAACUGCGGUGUAGAGUAACAUUUCAGGGCUGUUCAUUAUGUGAAAUAUUUUCCUGUUCCUGAACUUCCUUCACCAGAACCAGAGGAAAGCUGUGAUAAACAGUUUGACGUUAAAAUGUUAUAAAGAUCUCUGAGAAUCACCGCACAGGUUCAUAAAAACGUCUGUUUUCUGCUUCUCUCCUGGUCACAGUGAACGAGAUCAUCGACAGAGACAUCGGCGGUCUGAGCAGCACUCACCCUGACCAGUACCACCAGUACCACCAGUACGACUGGGAGCACAAGCCCGGUGACGCGGCCUUACCGUUCUGUGGAGGUCCUCCGUAGCCCCACAGCUCCUCCGACUUUAACUCUUCUUCUGCUGUUUGCUGUCGGGACAGAAACAAACCGACGGUCUGCACUAAGUGCAGAGACUGAACCUGAAGUGCCUGAGAACCAAUCAGCAGCCUCGGACGGGUCUCGUCCAAUCAGGUGUUCUCGUGACUGUUUCCUCUUCUGUCUCAGGAACAUUUUCAAAGAUGAAACCAAAGACGAUUCAGCUGUCAAACACAUCCAAAGGGCUUUAAAGUGACGGUCACAGCAGCCAGAGCUGUUCACAUCAGGCUUCAGACGCACUAAUCAAAAAUCAUCUUUGAUUAUUGAUCGGCCUGUUAAUGAAGAAAAUGUAUUUUUGAUACUCGGGAUCAGGUCCAGAAGAUAACCAACUCCUCCAGCUGAUCCGUUUUUCUGUACAGUUUACAUUUCCCUCUGACUCUGAUUUCUGCUGUUCGGCCUCGACUGUUUGUGUGUGACGGAGUUUUAGACGUGUGUCAAAAGUUGAAGUAAAACUAAACUUAAACAUC